AUGAGGAUAAAGUUUGUGGCCGAGGAGUCGAUAAGGAUUGAAGAAAUGGCGCAGGAGAUGAAAGAGUCUUGGGUGGCAACUGUAGUAGAGGACAGACACGUUCUAAUAUUAUCUCCUGAAGAGGAGGACGUUCUUGGGCACGAAGGCAUAUCCAUAAAUGCAUAUUACAGCGCAAAGAAGGACUUUUUCAAGAAUGGAAAAUCAGGACUUGAUAUGGCUCUUGACAGACUUAAUAUUGGAGAUAAACAGCGGAGCAUAAUCACAGGUCUGGUUUUGAAGAUAGAAUCUAGCUAA